AUGGACACGUCGUCAACCCUCGCGACGAGCGCCACCCCGACAAUUCCCGCCGAACAGCUUGCCGCACUUACAUCGCUGCUGUCGGGACUCACCGCUGCCGCUUCCGGCACUACCGCACCCGCCACGACAUCCGGCUCCAAUCGCAAUGCCUUCCCGAAGCAUGCGCGGUUGGACGGGCCGAAGACGUUCGCGAACUGGACACGCCAGCUUCGCCUGUGCCUAGCGGACGACAUCCGCUCCUACGUCCUCGACGGAAUCACCCCCGACGAUUGGACGCCUUCGCAACGCUCCGCCCGCGACGUCGUGGCACGCGAGAUCCUUGCAAACUCAAUCGACUCGGCCGAAGUCUCGGCAGUCCUCGACAAGAUCCCUACGGCCGACCUCACAGCGCCCAAGAUUUACUCGACGCUGAAAUCGCGAUACGCCCCUGAUGACGCCACUCGCACGCUCGAGCUCUUCUCGCGACUCUGGGGCUUCCGACCCAUGCCCGGAACGGUUGGCGAAUUUGACAGUUGGAUCAUGGACUUCAAGUCGGUCGCGCAAGAGAUCAUCGAUACGAAAACGACGAUCAACGACGUCCUUGCCACACUCCUCCUCGCGAUCGCCCACCCGUCACUCGAGAGCUUCAAGGCAACGUUCACCGACGAACAACGCACGCAACGAACUCUCCCUGACAUCGAUUCAGUGGCCGACCGUAUGCGAGUUCAACUCCGGUCAACGAACCUCUCCAACGAUCAAUCGGCCCUCCUUGCCUCGUCGUCGCCACGUUCUACCCGUACCAAGUGCCUCGCCUGUCGCAGCCCUUCUCACCGCGUCGCACAAUGCCCUACAAGGGCCCAGCAUCCACCGCCAGGCCCGUGUCGCUCCUGCAAGAAGAAGGACCACUGGUCUUUCGACUGCAAAAAGGCUCUUGAGGACGGGAAAACGCCCGACACCUCUGAUGCGCAACACCAUGUCGGAUGUCUCGCCACCGGUCUUCUCGCACAUCGUCGUCAGCUUCGCAACAACUCCUUCGUCGUCGACUCGGGUGCCACUUCGCACAUGGUCUCGGACAAGUCGCUGUUCACGGCCUAUCGCCACAUCGCUCCUACGAAGAUUGGUGGUAUUGCAGGGGCAUCAACGCCGUCGGAACGGGAAACAUCGCCUUUGUUGCCGCCUCCGGUCACCGAUCACGCUUACCGGCGUGCUGCACACCCCGGGCCUGUCUGUCAACCUCCUCUCGGUCUCUCGACUUUGCGACACCGACGAUGUCCGUGUCGCCUUCACGAAGCACGGCAUCCAUAUCGACAAGAACGGCAAUGCUAUCGCUGAAGGCGCAAGACUCGAGGAAGGGCUCUACUUGCUGGACGCUGAUCAUUCCAAAUGUCAGCAUCUCGCUCUCCUCUCUCGCUCACAGUCUUCCGUGCCCCUGCUGACCCUUCACCGCUGCCUCGGCCAUCUCGCACCGUCGUCCAUACAGAAGAUGGUUGCCGCUGGUUUGCUGGAAGGUCUCGGGGCCGGAUAUAGUGACGAAGAGGUAGAGAAGUUUGUCUGCAAUGCUUGCCUCAGUGCAAAGGGCCAUCGUCUUCCUUUUCCCGAUUCGGACUCGCACUCCUCAGAGAGACUCGGCCUCGUACACAGCGAUGUGCUUUCCUUUCCCGAGUCGUCCUUGACUGGCAAGCGUUACCUGGUCACGUUUCUUGACGACUUCUCGCGCAAACUGUGGGCAUACGCGAUCGGACACAAAAGCGAAGUCUUUGGCGUGUUCAAGACAUGGCUUGCCGAGGUCGAACUCGAGACGGAUGCAAAACUGAAGGUCCUCCGAACCGACAAUGGUGGCGAAUACUGUUCGAGAGCGUUCACGGAAUUCUGUAAGGCACGCGGCACACGUCGACAAUACUCUAUCCCUCGAACGCCUCAACAGAACGGUCGUGCCGAACGAGUCAAUCGUUCUAUCGUCGAAGGUGUCCUUGCCCUCCUUGCAGACGCCCACUUACCCAAAUCAUUCUGGGAGGAGGCAGCAGCUUAUUUCGUCUACUGCAAGAACCUGUGCGAACACUCGGCCCUGGACAAGGCAACACCGAACUUCGCCUGGCAGGGCGACCGCACCAACGCCUCGGCGCUUCACCCGUUCGGCUGCACGGCUUGGCUCACAGUCGCGCCUGAACUUCGCUCGAAACUCGACCCGAAAGCGGUUCGCGUUCUCUUCACCGGCUAUGACCUGGCUUCUAAAGCCUUCCGUUUCUACGACACGACGACCAAGAAGAUCAGUUUGGGCAGAAAUGCCAGGUUCCUCGACAACGAAUUUCCCGGUUACGUAGCGACUCCACCGAGCAAGACGCCGACACGCACUUCGCCAGCGCUUGCCCGACCACCGAAUCCCAAGCCGUUGUCAAGACAUGGACCCCACUAGUAAGGUCGGCGCACAUGGACGUCUCAUCCUCUCUUGAUGACUCUGCCAUGAGCGCCGUUGACGUGGCCCCAGGGUACACUGGCGGAACCUUACUUAAUUCCACAGAUGCCGAAUCGUCCUCGUCACCGUCUCCUGAGCCGUCCUCGUCACCGUCGCCCGCAACUCCCUUGUCACCGUCGCCUGCGCUGUCACCGUCGUUGGCUGCGUCAUCGUCACCCUCGGCCUUACCGACCGACUCUGACUACUCCGCCGACCCUCUGGACCUCAUCGGCUCACAGACCCCGACUCGCCUCGGCCCACCGGACGUGCACCGCCCAGACUUCAGCACGUACCGUGAGCCCGCAUCGGCUGAGGAGUCGCCCGACGAACUCGACAUCAUUGGGCGCCACUCGCGCGAUGAAUCGCCGGACGAAAUCGAUUUCCUCACCCAACACCACCGCGCCUUCAUCGCCACCGACGACGACAACUCUGACACAGAAGCCAUUCAACCAGUCAAGUCCAUCACCAGCGACCCACAGACAUGGCGCGAGGCAAUGUCGAGUGACAAGCGCGAAGUGUGGGCCAAGGCCGCUACCGACGAGUUCAAUUCCAUGCGCGACGACUUCAAGGUCUUCACCAUCGAGGACCGAUCCACGGUACCAGCGGGUGCGACCAUCGUCACAUCCAAGUUCGUCUGGAAAACGAAACGGAAUGCACUCGGCGAAGUCACCGGCCACAAGGCACGGCUCGUGGCGCAGGGAAAUCGGCAACGCGACGGCAUCGACUUCAACGAAACCUUCGCACCAGUCGCACGCUUCUCCUCGAUACGCUCACUCCUCGCGCUGGCGGCCGCCAACGGCUUGCACGUGCACCAGGCGGACAUCGACAAAGCCUAUCUGCAUGGCGACCUUGACCAUGACAUCUGGAUGACGACACCGCGCGGCUUCGACCUUCCCACCGACAAGGUGCUUCGUCUGCGACGCUCCAUCUACGGACUCAAACAGGCUGGCCGAAUCUGGAAUCGACACAUCGACGCAUCGCUUCGAGAUCUCGGCUAUACGGCGACGGGCACCGACCACUGCGUGUACUCUCGGAUCGACGAUCGGCGACGCCCACACUACAUCGCGCUGUACGUCGACGACCUCCUGAUGAUCAGCCCCGACUUGGCCGAAAUUGAACGUGUCAUCUCGGGCCUCGAACAACGCUACGGCGUCAAGCGCCUCGGCCCGGCAGAGUACAUCCUCGGCAUCCAGAUCAGGCGACUCGAAGACGGUUCUAUUGCCCUGUCCCAGGAACGGUACAUCAUGGACGUGCUUGCUCGGUUCCACUUCGACACCACGACUCGCGGCACUACAGUCCCGAUGACCCCCGGCCUUUCGCUCACCGCCAUCCCGGGUCAAGGCACCGAACGGAUCAGGUCAUGGUAUCUGCAGGCUAUCGGCUCGCUCCUCUACAUUUCGCUCGGCACCCGCCCCGACAUCGCCUUCGCCGUGUCCUACCUGGCCCGCUUCGCCAACAACCCUGGACGUCGUCACUGGAUCGCGGUCAAGCACAUCCUCCGCUAUCUCCGGGCCACAUAUCGCGACGAACUGGUUUAUGCUUGCGGCGAGACACGCAUCACGGGCGUGGUUGGCUACUCCGACGCGAACUGGGGGGCCUGCGUCGAUACGUCGGUGUCCACUAUGGGCUACGUCUUCUACAUUGCCGGAUCCGCCGUGUCUUGGUCGUCCAAGCGUCAAUCUCGAGUUGCCGAUUCUACCACCGACGCUGAAUACCUCGCCCUCUCGCAUGCUGGCAAGGAAGGGAUCUACCUCAGUCAGCUGCUCGAGGAGCUCCAUGUCCAACCUGUUGCACCGGCUCACAUUUUUACUGACAAUGAAGCCGCUGCCGCAGUUGCCCACGACCCUGUCCGCGUCUCCGGCACUCGACACAUACGCUUGCGCGAGCACUUUGUUCGGGACAUGGUGAAUCGGGGCGAUAUCUCACUCUCGCAUGUGGGAACCAGCAACAUGGUGGCCGACAUCUUCACAAAGGCUCUUGGCCCAAAGAUUUUCUCGACACACUGCUACGCACUAGGCCUUCGCACUCGACACCCACGGCUUGGAUCUGCCUCGCAUUCGCGUGGGGGGGGUGUGAAGAGUCCACUCUCAGCUCGACAGGGGCGCCUCGGUCGUUGCGCGCGCCUGCUAGCCUGGCCCCUGUGGUGGGGACUUAGGCGCGCGCGAGUGCCUCAGCGCGCCGGCGCCGGCGGUUUUCGGGCGCGCGCCGCUAGCCGCCCUUGCAGUGGGGACUUAG